AUGGCCGACCACGCAGACGACCUCCACGCCGAGGCGACCGAGGGCUUCAAGGUUGGCGAGAAGAAGACGAUUGACGAGUACCAGCAGCUGGACCAGAACGACGAGUCGCUCCAGAAGUGGAAAGCGUCCCUUGGUCUUGGACAAGGCAAGGACAUCUCCGACCCCAACGAUCCUCGCCGAUGCAUCAUCCUCUCUCUCGCUCUCGAAGUCGAAGGCCGCGAUGAUAUCGUCAUCGACCUGCGCGCACCCGGUGCCGUCGAGGCUCUUGAGAAAAAGCCCUUCUCCAUCAAGGAAGGUGCCCGGUUCCGCAUGAAGGCACAGUUCAAGGUGCAACACGAUAUCCUGUCUGGUCUGAAGUACCUCCAGAAGGUCUCACGCAUGGGUGUCAGCGAGAAGCUCCAGGAGAUGAUGGGCUCAUACGGUCCCAGCACUGAGGAGAAGCCAUACUACGAGAAGAAGUUCGAACCUGAAACUGCCCCCUCCGGUAUGCUCGGCCGUGGCCACUACACUGCCGUCUCCAAGUUCGUUGACGAUGACAACCACACCCAUCUUCAAUUCAAGUGGUCAUUCGACAUCAAGAAGGACUGGUAG